UACUGACUGCUGAAUAGACCUUCUCAGUUCAGUGUUCGCUGACAGAACCGUUUCAGUGCUUUUCCUCUCAUCAGACACAAGCUGAGGUAACACAAUAGAAGAUGAAAUAUGCAGGAGGCUCCUAUUAAACACAAAAGAUAGCCAAACUGCUGACUGAGGAAGAUGAAAAGAUGAAGAUGGAGAUGAAAAUCAUCUCGGACAUCUAACGUUCCUCGUUUCUCAACAUGUCCCAUUUUGUCAGACUCCUACAAAGGAAGAAGUCUGCUGACUCUUCUGAUUUAAGUUCUAAGGACCAUGAUACAGACCUGGACAUGUGAUUUACUCCAUGAAUUGUUUUUCAAAAUGUGUCAUUAACGAGGAUUUCAGUGUGAAGUGGCAUGUUUCGUGUCAUCACGGCAAGACUGAGCUGUUUUAAGCCACAUCCAAAACUCCACCAGCCUUAAGUGGCCUAAAGGAUUUCUACUAUGGUCUAAAACACAGAGGAGAUACUUUAACAUGACAAGAAGCACCUUCUUUUAUGUAGCUGACCAAAUCUGAAUGUUUUUGACUUAAAUGGACUGGACUGAAAUGUGACAGUGAAUGUGAAGGCGUAAUUACUGACGAUCGGAUCAGUAUUGGAACGAGAUUAUCUCUUAUUUAGACAAAACGUCCUAUUUCUCAUUUCAUAUCAAAGUGAGCAUUAGCAAGGUCAGUAAUAGCUAAGACAAGUAACAAGACAAAACAAGAUAAAACAAAUAUCUCUAUAAAACAGUGACAUCUAUAUCUUAGCCUAUAAUUUUAGUUGAUAUGUGAAAUGAUAACCUUUUAUGCUAAAGACAGCACUCGCAUGUUGACCUGCUGUUCUAGUUCAUAACAACCAGAAAGCUUUAGCAAAGCCUUAGCACGCUUUUAGCAUGUUGCCUCAGUUAAUAGCCUUAGCAGUGAUCUAACUGCUUUCACUAACUGAUCUCAUUAACUGUCAGUGUGUUAAGUCAUGUGUGUAUAUGUAUAUAUGUGUGUGCAUGUGACUCACAGUGUAUUUUGGGAAAAAUGUUUCUCAGAUGAUAGAAUUAACAAGGACAACAGGAACUGUUUGACCGAAUAUUCCGUUUUAUAUUUAAAUUAGCAUUAGCUACGACAGCGGUAACCCCUCGUUCAAGAUAAAACCACAUAAUGAAAAUGACUAUAUUUGUGUGUUUAUGACACUGGUUUGUUCGAGAUGUUGCGUAGAGGAUUGUUUUUGUGGCUCUCCCGAGUCUGUGGCGUUUUAGUCCUUGUUUGCUGCCUUCUUUCACUCCUCUACGUCAUCACUUGCAACCCUCAUAGCGAUGAACCCUUGGUGGUGCCCAGGCUGGGAGUACCAGGCUCUCCACGUGGGCUCGGGGUUCCUGGCGUGCUCAGUGGUGCCCCCUUGGGUUCAUCAAGCCAUGAAAACUAUCAAGCUUUGCUUCAGGAACAUGAGGAACAGCAACGGCAACACAUUUCCAGCCUGAAGAAGCAAAUCGCUGAACUGAAGGAAGCUCUGCAGGAGCGAGUUGAGCAACCAAAGGAGAUUCAGGAGAAAGCGAGCAACGCAGGGACCGAUCUGAACGAGUUUCUCCGCUCCCAGCUGGGUCGGGCAGAGAUAAGUGCAGGUGUCCGCUUGCCAAAUGAGUAUGCUGUGAUACCGUUUGAGAGCUUCACACUGCAGCGUGUCUAUCAGCUGGAGACGGGACUCACGCGUCAUCCUGAGGAAAAGCCGGCAAGGAAAGAUAGACGCGACGAGAUUAACGAAGUGGUGGAGAGCGCUGUGCACACACUGAACUCACACAAACACAAUGUGGGAGAUAAAUUUAGUGCAGACAAGGUGUACAGCAUGGCUGAUUUCAUUGAAGGUUUAGCACGAACAGAGAAGGAUAAAGGAACACUGUAUGAACUGACGUUCCGUGGAGAUCGGAAAAACGAGUUCAGGCGCCUCAUCCUGUUUCGUCCCUUCGGACCAUUAAUGAAGGUGUCGAACGAACGCGUGGCAACAUCUCACACCGCCAUUAACAUCAUCGUACCUCUUUCCCAAAGAGCCGACAAAUUCAAACAAUUUAUGCACACCUUCAGGGAGGUGUGCAUAAAGCAAGAUGGACGAGUUCACCUCACCGUUGUCUACUUCGGCCAAGACCAGAUGAACGAAGUCAAAGUAAUCCUAGAAAACACAUCCAGAGAGCUGAAUUUCCGUAACUUUACCAUGAUCCACCUGAACGAGGAGUUUUCCCGAGGCCGAGGUCUGGAUGUGGGUGCCCGAGCAUGGAAAGGAGGAAACGUUUUGCUGUUCUUCUGUGACGUCGACAUCGUUUUUACUGCUGACUUUCUGAACAGCUGCCGCCUGAACACACAACCAGGAAAGAAGGUGUUUUAUCCCAUUCUGUUCAGCCAGUACAAUCCUGCAGUGAUUUAUGGAGGCAGCGAUCACAUCCCGCCUGUAGAGCAACAGCUGGUGAUUAAGAAAGACACUGGCUUCUGGCGGGACUUUGGUUUCGGGAUGACCUGUCAGUACAGAUCUGACUUCAUCAACAUAGGUGGAUUUGAUGUGGAUAUUAAAGGAUGGGGUGGUGAGGAUGUGCACCUCUACAGGAAGUAUCUGCACAGUAACCUGCUGGUGAUCCGUGCUCCUUCUCGCAGUCUUUUCCAUCUGUGGCACGAGAAGCACUGUGCCGACGAGCUCCUGCCCGAGCAGUACAAGAUGUGCAUGCAGAGCAAAGCUAUGAACGAAGCAUCUCACGGACAGCUGGGAAUGCUCCUCUUCCGACACGAGAUCGAAGCUCACCUGCGCAGACAGAAGCAGCGCAGCGUCGCAAAGAAUGCCUAAAUGGACCAUGGUGAUUUUACAGGCACACGCAAACAAUUACACACUUUUUGACUUCUUUCUGUUGACCUGGAAGUGACAGUUGAAUUGUUUACAUUCAAGAACAGCUGAUUUCCAUGAAGGUUGUGACAUUGGAAGACGACAAUCAACCAGUCGAGUGGUUAAAGGGUAAACAGUGCUGUUGCUAGGCAACAGGAAACAUGGCUGACAAGCAGAAGCCAGGCAACGACCGAGGAUAACGAUAUCGCGAGCUAGCACAUGGUAUUUUACAAUGUAAAGCCACAGAAACAGUGGAAACGUGAGGAAAAUUCCCUUCAGCAGUGUCUAAACAGUCAUUCUAAGACAACUCGUGGAUGAAUCUGACUCUCUUCAACAUCAUUUAUGCUGUAGUUUUUGUAGUAUUUUAUUUUGUUUUUAUUACGCUAAAACACAGACAUUGUCCUAAUAAUAACUUCAUGAGAGACAUUCUGUUUUUUUACACCAUGCUUAUAAGGUAUUAAUUAAAAGCAUGUUCAAUAUUUUUAUCCAUUUAUAAUUACAACGAAACGAGCUUUAAACGUCAGUCGUCAGUGUAAGAAAAGUUACCGCUUUACCUCUGACUGUUACAGAGCGCUGACACUGGAGACUCCUUCCAUAAAUAUGAAGUAAAUCUCCAACAAAAAUCAGUUUAAGUAACUUGUUGCCAUAGAAAUGAUUACGUAUUAUAAUAGCAUAUCAUAAUAGCAUAUUGCAGACAGAACCACCGUCAGAGCUGUUGUUAUAGACAAUUAAUCAACACCUUCUGACCAAUCAGAAGCGAGAAUUCAACAUAAUAUAGUAGUAUAAUAAAACGUAAAGAUAUAAGAUAAGCUAUUUUCAAUUUAGUGACCUGGGUUUGAAAAAUAAUUUGUACAACACACACACCCAGAUAAUAGACACACUUUUUUUGUGUCUAUUGUCUAUAGUUUGUUGUUCAAGGGUUCUCUGAGGGUUUAAAUGUUUUGUUUGUUUUUUUAUAAUUUAGGGUUAUUAGCUUUCAACAAGGAGUUGAUACCCUUUAUGGUAGGAAAACACUUACCAAGUCCCUUUCAAGAGGGAAAACUGAAUGUAUUUUGAAUAACAAAGUAGAUUUAAAUAUAUAUAUAUAUUUUAUUUACUUUAUCUGCUUUUGGAAUUAAUGAAAAACAAGUUACAUGUUCAGCAUGUUUACGUGGUUUUCCGACUUUUCCGGUUUUUCGUCGUUUUCUGAUAUUUUAGACAAUCCCAGUUUCACACCACAAAUAAGGAUUAUUGCCACAUCCUAAAAAACACAGUGAAGGGAAAUGUAGAAUUUUGACUUUGCUAUGCAGAGAACUGAAUGUAUAAUGUCUCUAAACUGGCAGAAUAUUUAAUGAAGUAAAAAAAAAGCACUUAGGAUAUUACAGGUAAUAACGUUCACACUCAUCACUGAUUUAUUAUUCUACAUCAAAUUUAUCAAUCCUUAAACUCCACUGAUUGAUUUUUUUUUUGUAUUUAUUAACAUGUCGUCAGUACACUUGUCCAAGUGUUAAGUCUUGCUGUCUCACCUGGUCUCACAAAUUUUCAUCAGGAUUUAAUUUUUCUUCAAUUUUGCUUUAAAGUUUUCUUAGUUCCGAUUUAUUGUUUAGAGACAGAAUAGAAAUUGGUCAAAAAAAAAUCUUAAGGUUUAAGAUUUUUUUAAUUAUUUCUCUAAAGGCUGUUUAUAUACCAGUAUCAAUAUGCACAAAUGUAUUUCUCUGUUGUCUCAUGAAGGUGAGAAAAGGAGAAAUAAAGAUAUGAAAUGAACCAUUUUUAAACUUUGACCCAUAUACAGUACAUGUUUAUAUCAACGAGAAGAUCAAUAAUAUCUGAGACGAUGUUCAGUUUUAUGAACAACUCAUAAUUUCAGUCACAAUCACAACUUCUUCUGGUUACGGUCACUUUUACAUUUAUUCAUGUUGGUGUUUUGUUCAGUUCUAAACGGGAAAAUUAAAAAAUAAAAAAAAAAAAGACUUUUGAAAGACUAUCUGAAGCAUUUAGAACUGGACAUUUAUGGAAGGACUGAUGUUCAUUUGGUCCUGAGAUUCUGUUUCAUGUUUCGUAUGAAAAAAAAACAAAACAAAACUGAAAGUGUAUAAUUAACGUCUGGAGCAGUAGAUGGGACGAGACGUUCAGCGACCUAUGACUUUGAUUUGUUUUUUUCUUUAUACUGUUCUGAUAGGAUUUUACUUUAUAUCUGUUUUCUUUUUUUUGUUGUUAAAAUAUCGCUUUACAAAACUGCCUUCAUAUUUUUGACAACAGUGGCGCUUAGUGGCAGGAAGUAGAAGUACGCAUUCUGUUUUCCAGAAUGACGCUCUUCAUGCAGGUAGAAAGGAAGGUUAUAAGUUUAAAUCCCAGCACCAAGUGACUGUUCUUAAGACAUUUCAUGCUUAUCUCCUCACCUCAGUGCUGGGAUCAGACUUCAGAUAAAAUCAUCUGCAAAAUAAAUAAAUAAAUAAAUAAAUGUAAUGGUGUGAUAGAAGUUCUAAGCCAAGGAUUAUGUUCUGUCUCUAGAAUUUGUAUUAUUUUUAUUAUUAUUGUUUCUUUUUUGAUUGUUUUCUGAAUGAAGUUAAAUUAAAUAAGCCAUAUUUAUCAUUAUUAGUAUUAAUUGGUCAUCCUCAGACCCUGAUUUAGAAGUGGAUAAAGUACCAUGUUUUACCUUUAAAACAGGAAAUAAAAGAAUGGUGUGAAAGAAAAGGAAAAGAAAAGGUUUAGGAUGUUUCCAAGACAAUAACUGAUGGCUUGAUCAGGAGCAAUGUAGUGUUUAGCUUCCCAUAUUUAACCUAUAAAAAAUGAGAGACUUCUAUUUAUUCAUCUUCUACAUUAUUCUUGAAGUAUUUGAAACAUUUUUUUAAAAAUCAUUUGCACAGAAGAAAUAUGAACAGAUUCCUAUAAUUACUUUAACAAUAAAUUAAAAUAAAUUAAAUUAAAAUAUGAAUUAAAUUACUUUUAUGGCAUAUUGCUCUGAGAAAUACUCAUUCAGAUGAAUGGAUUGAUUUUAUAAAAUGAAUUACAUGAAUUUUCAAGCUUGUAUUAUUGUUUUUGGUUUUUUUUGUAAGAUUUAUGGA